CAAUUAUCACUACCCAUCUCUUUUCAUAUAAAUCACUUCUAGCUUCUACCAAAUGCUCUCUCUUCUCUGAAAUUCAUUUCUCUGCCAGUCAUCAUCAGAUCAGAGGCAAAUUGUAAUCUUUGACAAGUUACUUCUUUCAAUCAACUCGAACAAAGUGUUCAUCUUGAGAUUUAAGGAAUCUGCAGCUAUUGUUCUUAAAGAUAUUGGAUAGUCUCUCUGAAAUUCAUUUCUCUCCCCAUCACUUACAGAUCAAUCAUAUCAGAGCUGAGGCAAACUAUAAUCUUUCACAGUGUUAGUUCUUUCAAUCAACUCAAAGUGUUCAUCUGGAGAUCCCUAAAUAUACACACACUACAAAGACAUAAUAUAAUACAAGCUUUUCGAGAUCGAAAAGAUGCCAAACAUCUCUAAUCCAGAUAAUGAUAUAGUUGUGGGUUUCAAGAAGGAAGAAGAAAUAAUCAUAGAUCAGCUUAUUCAUGGGUCACAGGAGAGAGAAGUUGUUUUAAUUAGUGGCAUGGGCGGAUUGGGAAAGACAACUUUAGCGAGGAGAGUGUAUGAGGAGAAAAAUGUAGUCAACCACUUUGACAUGCGUGUGUGGUGUACUGUUUCUCAAGAAUAUGAUUGCACAGACUUGUUGAAAAAAAUAUAUAGUCAAGUUUGUGGCCACAAGACAGAGAUUGACAGUGUAGCUGAAGAGCUUCGCAAAAGGCUGAUGGGAAGGAGAUACCUCAUAGUGUUGGAUGAUAUUUGGAGUGAGGAAGCAUGGGAAGAGUUGAAUAGAGUUUUUCCCUCAUGUGACAAUAGAAGUAGAAUUGUUUUAACAAGCAGACAAGAAAGUGUGGUUUCUGAUGCCAAACAUAUUUGUCGUCUUCCUUUCUUCACUAUUGAUGAGAGUUGGGAAUUAUUGCAAGUGAAGUUAUUUAAAGGGAAUGGAUGUCCUGAAGAGCUCGAAAAUGUUGGAAGAGAAAUAUCUAAAAAAUGUGGGGGAUUACCUUUGACAGUUGGUUUGAUAGCGGGUCAUCUUGGAACAGUUGAAAAGAGUGAGCACAUGUGGCGUAAGUUUUUUCUUACUCUAAACUCACAUGUUACAUCUGGAGACAGAAUACAAAGCAAUGAUGCGAUAGAGCUUAGUUACAUGUAUUUAUCAUAUCAUUUGAAACCAUGCUUACUUUACUUUGCUGCAUUCCCAGAGGAUGAAGAAAUUAGAGUUUCGAACCUAAUAGAACUAUGGAUAUCUGAAGGAUUCAUCAUAAGAAUGACGGAGAAAGGGAGUGUAGAAGAUGAGGCAGAGGAUUACUUAAACCAUCUGGUUAGCAGUAAUCUAAUUAUGGUGUCUGAAAAGAAGUAUGAUGGUCGCUUCAUAUCAUGCAGGGUUCAUGAUUUGGUACGUGACUUUUGCUUAACAAAAGCUAGAGAAGAAAUAUCCUUGGAGAUAAUUAAUACGGAAAAGGAGUGGGAUCCAACUCUGAAUUUUACCCUACAACGAAUAUGUUUUCAUAUGCAUUUGACAUCUGAUAAUAAUGCUUUUGAAUUGGUACCACGGAAUUCUUCUCUUCACACAGUUUUGGUUUUCCAUCGUCUUUAUUCAGCCUUUUAUAAUGCCUCAUGGAUUGCUAAAAAUUUUGAACAUCUCACAAUCUUGGAUUUAUUGGCAAUCUUUGUGGACCAAUCAUUUUUGUCGGAAGUUAGCUCACUAACUCAUCUAAGGUAUCUAGCUCUCAAGGUAGGUGUACAUGGAAAUGAUGAUGCAGAUGAUGUCUCACCAUUAUUACUACGGAAUCUUAAGUGUCUCAUAACAUUAAAGUUGCGAUCAAACAUGGUGCAUUUCCCAAUUUUUUUGGGGAAUAUGAGUACAUUGAGACAUAUGAUUCUUCAUUGUGUCAGAUGCAACAAGUCUUGCAUGGAGAAAUCAAGAUCAGUUAUGAUUGAAGCAAUUCCUGCUUGUUCAAAAGAAUUGCAAACCUGGGAAUCGCGAUGUCCUCUGACUCCAAUGCAUGAAGAUUUAUUGAGAAAGCUUCCCUGUCUCAAAACUUUGAGUUGUACAGUCUCAAGUUCUGAAGGCUUUCCUGAAAUUGACUUUCUCCAUCAUCUUGAGUUCCUAAAUUUAGAGGGCGGCAAGAAAGUUCCACAUCUUCUUAAUGAUCUUAAACUCAGCAAGUUUCCAUCAAGUAUUAAGGAAAUAAAUUUCGAGGGUAUUACACUUUCGUCGUCAGCAAUUUCAAUAAUUGCACAACUCUCCAAUCUUGAGGCUCUAAUACUAACGUGUUCCAAGUUUGAGGGUUUAGAAUGGAAUGUGGAUGAGGAAACCCGAUUCCCCAAACUAAAAUACCUCCAACUAUUUCAUCUUGAUAUUGGAAUUUGGAAUAUUUGCAGUGCUGAGUCUUUUCCUUGCCUUGAGCAAGUAAUUUUGGAUUUUUGUAUCGAGUUACAGGAGGUGCCUGAUACAUUGGCAGAUAUUUUAACAUUGAAACUACUCAGUGUGCGUAGCUGCUGUAAUAGCACUGAAAGUUCAGCGAAGAAAAUUGAGGAAGAUGUACAAGGCAUAGGAAAUGAGCAACUGAAUAUCGAGAUUAUAUCACGUAAUUCAGUGUCAGAGUGUAGAGUUAUAAGAUUGGCUCGUUUUAGAAGACAGAUUAAAGGCAUGUUGGCAAACCAGGCUAAGGGGAGGCCGGGCAACAGAAAUGGCUAAGGGGAUCGGAGGGCAACAGAAAUUGCGGAGUGUCAAACAAAUAAACAACUAUUAAAAUAUUGGAGUUUGUCAGUUCUAACUUUUUUUUUUUUUUUUUUUUUUUUUUUUGGUUCUAGUUGUGUGUGGAAUUAUUGAAUAAGUGAAAUAUUUCAAUAUCAAGUAUCUACAUAGUUAGUAAUUUAAAUAUCUC